CUGUUUGGCUGCAGCUUCCUAACCAACAGGAACUUCUGGAACAGGCCCAGAUAAUCCCCAAGCGCCAUCAUGACCCACCAGUUUCCAGCCUUCUCUCCAGAGCAGAAGAAGGCCCUCUCUGACAUAGCGCAGAGGAUAGUGGCCACAGGCAAAGGAAUCCUAGCUGCAGAUGAAUCUGUGGGUACUAUGGGUAGCAGGCUGCAGAGGAUCAGCGUGGAAAACACUGAAGAGAAUCGCCGUGCCUUCCGAGACAUCCUCUUCUCUGCAGACGCCUCCAUCAGCCAGCAAAUUGGGGGAGUUAUUUUCUUCCAUGAGACCCUCUAUCAGAAAGGCAAUGCUGGAAAGCCCUUCCCAGCCGUCAUCAAGGAUAAGGGCAUAGUGGUUGGAAUCAAGCUGGACAAAGGCACAGCCUCACUGGCAGGAACUAAUGGAGAAACCACCAUUCAAGGUCUGGAUGGCCUAGCUGAACGUUGUGCUCAGUAUAAGAAAGAUGGAGCUGAUUUUGGCAAGUGGCGCGCUGUGCUGAAAAUCACCGAUACAACUCCGUCUCCUCUUGCCAUCCAGGAAAAUGCCAACACAUUGGCACGUUAUGCCAGUAUCUGCCAACAGCAUGGUCUAGUCCCCAUCGUGGAACCUGAGAUCCUACCUGAUGGAGACCACGACCUCCAGCGCUGCCAGUAUGUGACAGAAAAAGUGUUGGCUGCGGUUUACAAGGCUUUGAAUGACCACCACGUCUACCUGGAGGGAACUCUGCUGAAACCCAACAUGGUGACUGCAGGGCAGGCUUGUCCCAGGAAGUAUACCCCUGAAGAGGUGGCCAUGGCGACUGUCACAGCCCUCUCUCGCACUGUCCCUGCUGCUGUUCCUGGGAUCUGCUUCCUUUCGGGAGGCCAAAGUGAAGAGGAGGCUUCUGUCAACCUCAACGCCAUCAAUCUGUGCCCCCUGCCGAAACCUUGGAAGCUGACUUUCUCCUACGGACGGGCCCUGCAGGCAUCAGCUCUAGCAGCAUGGGUUGGCAAAGCCGAGAACAAGAAGGCUGCGCAAGAGGCCUUCUGCAAGCGGGCCAAAAUUAACAGUUUAGCCUGCAGAGGUCAAUAUGUCACCUCUGGAAAGAGCAGUACCGCAGCCAGUCAAUCACUCUUCACUGCAAGUUACACAUACUAG